AUGACGGGAGCACAGGCCCCGCCCGCCGCCGGCCCGGCAUGCACCGGGUCGCGGGCCCCGACCCCGCGCGACCGUAGAGUUGGGACCACACGCAGAGCCCUCGGUGGCGCGCUCGGGUCUCGGAGGCGGCCUGGACUCGCGAAAAGUCGCCCUGCAGUCGCGGGAGAACGCGCAGGCGGCUGCCCGGCCAGGAGAAGCGAGUCGCGGCGCAGCCGAUCAGGCACACGCGAGGGCAGCCCCCAGGGCCGUCCCAGAGGCCCCCGCGCCGCCGGGGUCCUAAACGGGCUGCGCCGCCUUCCGCCGCACGUGUCUUCAGCGCGAUGCCCAAAUCCAAGCGCGACAAGAAAGUUUCCUUAACCAAAACUGCCAAGAAAGGCUUGGAACUGAAACAGAACCUAAUAGAAGAGCUUCGGAAAUGUGUGGACACCUACAAGUUCAUUUUCAUCUUCUCUGUGGCCAACAUGAGGAACAGCAAGCUGAAGGACAUCCGGAAUGCCUGGAAGCACAGCCGUAUGUUCUUUGGCAAAAACAAGGUGAUGAUGGUGGCCUUGGGUCGGAGCCCAUCAGAUGAAUACAAAGACAACCUGUACCAGGUCAGCAAGAAGCUGAGGGGUGAAGUGGGCCUUCUUUUCACCAACCGCCCAAAGGAGGAAGUGAAUGAGUGGUUCACGAAAUACACAGAGAUGGACUACGCCCGAGCUGGAAACAAAGCAACUUUCACCGUGAGCCUGGACCCAGGACCCCUGGAGCAGUUCCCCCACUCUAUGGAACCACAGUUGAGGCAGCUGGGCCUGCCCACUGCCCUCAAGAGAGGUGUGGUGACCCUGCUAUCCGACUACGAGGUGUGCAAGGAGGGCGAUGUGCUAACCCCAGAGCAGGCCCGCGUCCUGAAGCUCUUUGGGUAUGAGAUGGCUGAAUUCAAGGUGACCAUCAAAUACAUGUGGGAUGCGCAGUCAGGAAGGUUCCAGCAGAUGGGAGACGACUUGCCAGAGAGCGCCUCCGAGUCAGCAGAGGAAUCAGAGUCUGAUGAUGACGACUGAAGCAGUCAGGACUAAGGGCCUCCCUGCCCUUCUUGGUCCCACUGGGCCACACAGGACCGCCGCCCUCCAGAGGGAGCAGCUCUUCGUCUGGCUGCAGAUGAAGACAAGGGAGGGUGAUGGGCACUGACUGUUC